GUCUGAAUAUAUUUAUUGCAACACUUUGAAUAUCUAUAGGUACUUAAUUGUAACCAGAGGUAGAAGGUAGCAUUGCAAUAGCACCCGGCACGCAAUAGCCAUGGACCUUGCCUGCGAUUUAUAUAUUUACAAGUAUUCUAUGCACUCAACGAGGGAAAGCACAAGCUUUAUUUGAAGGAUGCUGUGGGUCGCGUCUAAUAGCGCAAACAGCAAAUGCUGAAGAGCAAGUUGGAGCCGGGGGGCACGCGGCAGCAGACGGAGCACAAGGCGUUUGGACCGGACUUAGCAUGGCAAGGCCAGGCCGUCACGGCCCCGGGUGAAGCCCCCGGGGCUCGACAUGCAACGAAGGUUCCACCCAUAUCGGGGUUAAACCGAUCAACAACCAGUAUAUCGCAUGGGGCAUCUUUGGAUGUUGGAAUGUCUGCUGGUUGGAAGGAUGCCAACUCGUCGCAUGUCGACAGCCAUGGCCCAAGCCGGCCGAUGCGAGAAGGGUCACCAGCCGGAACAGGCAGCAGGUCUCAGACUGGCAGCGGCGGCUCCUCACAGCCAAAGGCCUUGAAGUCCAGCAUGAAGCCCGGCAUGUCACGCAUCGUACGUGCCACAGGGCGUCCAGCGGAGGUUGAGUCCUUGCCUGGGCGGCAGCCCCGCUCCGGCAGCGGCAGCUCGCCCGCACAGGGGCAACGCCAACAGAGCCCAGACCGCAUGCCGCCACGGCUGUCAAACCUGGGCGCCGGCAGUGGCAACCUCGCCGCCGCCUCCCUACCCUCCCUUUCACGCCGACAGGCGCCCGCCCUUAUGACGGGCCUUGAGGCUGCCGCCAACGCCGCGGUAGCUGCCGUCGCGGCCACCGUCUACAACGGCUCCCACCGUACCUCCUCUCCCGCAGGUGCCGUACCCACCGCCGCCCGCCCCGGUCGCCGCAUGCAGCCCAAUUCGCUCAACGCCAUGCUCGGAGCCCGCGUCACCAGCCCCGGACCCGACCGCGCCGGCGGCAGCGCCCCCAACCUGGGCCCCUCCUCACAGUUCCCAGGCGCUGCCGCCGCGGCAGGAAACCCCCCUCGCCUUGGCUCCUUGGGCAGCUUCCUAGGCAACGCGGUGGGCAGUGCCUCCAUGAAAGGCGCGCCGGGCUCGCUGCCCUUCCCCUUCGCCAUGCAGCAACAGGGCCGCGGCGGCAGCCCAACCCCCGGCUCCGGCCCCGGCAUGCGGCGCAGCAGCCCCGGCGCGCGCGGCCGCUCACCCGGCUUCGCCAAGCCGCGCAGCCCCAAGCGCCCGGGUCAGCAUCAGCAGCAGACCAGCAGCCGCAUCAGCCUCAGCAGCCGCAGCGGCGGACGCCAAGCGGACCCCACCGGCGUGUUCGAGAUCCUCACCACGGCGCCAGGGGUGAUUGGGGAGGUGCGGCUGAGUCCGGAGCUCUGGUGCAUGGACCUGUGGAAGCUCCUGGAUGGCUGCUGUCCGCAGCAGCGCGUAUGGACCUUCGGGAACGCCGCCAGCACGCGUGCAGCGGUGGUGGAGGCGGGCGGGCUGGGGGCCGGCGCGGCGCUAGGGGGGCUGGAGGGCGGGGGCGGAGGCGGAGGCGGUGCGGGGAUGGGCGGGGAUGCGGACCUGGUGUACACCAGUCCGCUGCCGCUGGCGCUGCUGAAUGGGGUGGUGUUCCGCUUCGCUGCGGCAGGCGCCCACCACGGCGCCGCCGUCUCCGCGGACGGCCACCUGUACGUGUGGGGCUCCGACUCGCGCGGCCAGCUGGGUCGCGGCUGCCUGUCCGCGCAGCACAUCGCCUCGCACCAGCUGCCGCAUGAGGUGCUGCUGCCUGUGGAAGCCUCCCUGGACGACCUGCAGGGGCACCUGCCGGCGUCGCUGCUGCAGGGGAUCAUCGCGUCGGGGGCGCCCAAGCAGCCCGUGGAUCUGCUGACAGACGGG